AUGCCAGCCCCUCAGCGGAAGAGUAGAGCCAGGGACAGGAAUAAUGUCCUAGCCAGACCGGAGUUUAUGUCUCUCAAUCAGUCAGCAACAACACCUCAGGAGGCCCGAAACUACAACAGGAAACAGAGUGGCCAAUAUGGAAACUCCAGUGAAGGUGCCCGGGAUAGACGGCAAAGCCAGCAGCUGCCAGAAGAGGACUGCAUGCAGCUAAAUCCCUCAUUUAAAGGGAUUGCAUGGAAUUCACUCAUGGCUAUCGAUAUAGCUACAUCUAAAAGUCUUGGAGUCUGUGCUAACAGUACAUCUUCGUGGGCAAGUGCACGGUCCAUGGUCAAGCUGAUCGGAAUAACGAGCCAUGGCCUACCCUGGAUAGUUGGCACGCUGAUUUGCCUAUGGAAUAGCAACACACUAGCUGGACAAGAAGUUCUUGUAAAUCUACUUCUGGCUUUGCUGUUGGAUAUCCUGACAGUGGCUGGACUCCAAAAGUUGGUCAAACGUCGUGGCCCCUUUGAGGUGUCUCCAAGUAUCUUGGACUACCUUGUCCUUGACGUCUACUCCUUCCCAGCAAGCCAUGCCAGUAGAGCCACCAUGGUGUCCAAAUUCUUCCUAAACCACCUAGUCCUUGCUAUUCCUCUACGUAUCCUGUUGGUCCUGUGGGCCUUCUCUGUUGGACUCUCCCGCAUUAUGAUUGGCCGGCACCAUAUCACUGAUGUCAUGGGAGGAUUUGUGAUUGGCUACAUGCAGUUUAACUUUGUGGAAAUUAUUUGGCUGCCUUCUAGUACAUGUCAGAUGCUGUCCUCUCUCUGGUGA